ACUCCCAUACUUAUCUUGGUUGAAUGUUGGAAAACUACCCUCAGUUGGUGGCCAGACUCCACAGACAACGCACGCAUCGGCUCAGCACAUGCUGUGAACGAAUCUUUUUUACUCGAAUACAUUGUUAUUUCAUCAAAAUAUAUAUCUUUUAACUAUAAAGCUUUCUCGCGUCAAGCUUAUCAAUUCAGAAUUGUGAUUCCCUUUACUUCAUUCACUGGGUGAACUACAGCUGAUCUCUGUUUCAGAAUCGAAUUACUUUGAUCGAAAUGGGGCUUCAGCUUUUAGUCGCCAUAAGUUUUAUCGCACUGACCAGUGCAUUGCCAACCUUGCGAGACAGCAUUCGCCAACCCCUCCACGUUUUUGAAGGGGAGGACGCCCUACUGACAUGUGUUGUGCGCAAUCUUGAAACCAACACUUUAUUAUGGAAAAGAGAAGAUAAGGAGCGCGGAGCUCCUCGUAUUCUUACGGCUGGCGAGAACAGAGUCACUUCCGAUUCACGUUUCGACAUUCUCCACGACUCCGCUCCCAAUGUUCCUGGAGGUGUAGCAUCUGGUGGGGACGUGUGGGUUUUGGUCAUUAAAAAUUCUCGACCAACUGAUACUGGCACUUACAUCUGUGAAAUUAACAGUAAUCCAAUCCUCCGUUCGUAUCAUUCCGUUUUUGUUGUUCCAAGCAAUCUUCAACCGCCAACUGAUUCGAAACCGGCCCCCAGCAAUACAACAGGCGUAACCGAUUCCACAUCCAGCCAAAUCAUCGCUCACAACUACACAGAGUGUUGCAUCAACUAUAACGUCACUUCUGCCUGUAUGGGCUUUUGUAAUUUGAAAAAUAUUUUGGACGGCACAACUGGACAAGAUCCGGAGCAGUGUGAGGCGGAUUUCCCAUCCAUCGUCAAAUGCAUGGCUGAUGGUACGAAUCACGUCCCUUGUUGCAUUGAAGAAGGAGUACCAGAUGUUUGCCAAGACAUUUGUCGUGGCGAAUACACAAUCCCCACUGAUGAUAUUCGAACACACGUCUCUUGCUCAGCUUACACGGAAAAAACUUUGGCUUGUAUCGCCGAAGGAAUAGAGAUUUUACCGAACGCUCCAGAAUCCGUGUUGGUAGACAUUCUGUCUGACAAGGCCUUGAAGAUUUCAUGGCAACGUCCUUUAAGGAACUACGACACCAUUACUCAUUACUAUGUCAACAUUUCUGCUUUGCCUGGUUUCGAUUCGUUGGACACUAAACCAGGGUUUUUCGACGGUGUUGGAAAAGAUUCCGCUGGCAAGGGACUCAUUGGUUUGCGCAAUGAACCUUUCUUCAUGCAAAUCAAGGUUCAAGCUGAUCAAAACUCGACGACGGUUGACAACUUGAACUCGUUCACCAUGUACGAAAUCACGGUGACAUCGUACAACAACCGCGGAAGCAGUUUGCCUUCACUAAAAGUUCGUUCACUAACCGAAACGGUCCAAAAGAAUAAAACACCUGCAUUGACGGCGCCAUCCCUUCCUGAUAUUAAGGAAUGCUGCACUAAAAAGGGUGUUUACCACAACAGAUGUGUAGACAAAUUUUGUGAUCCAGUCCGUACGGCCGAUGUGAGUCUGCCGGAUCUAAUGAUUUGCGCUCCGUGGGCUAGUGACAGUUUCUCAUGCUUGGCCAAUGGAAUCGACCACACGGCCUGUUGCAAGUCUCGUGGUUUACCAGAGCCUUGCAUCCAACUGUGUACCGGAAAUAUUACGCGAGUGGAUUAUAAUCAGUUCCGUUGCAUCCAGUACAUGAGCGAGCUCAGCAACUGCCUCCUACAAGGAUACGGCGUCCUUCCAGGCCCACCAGCUGCCUUCCGGGUUACCAACAUCAAUCCGACAUUCGCUAUUUUACGAUGGGAGAUGCCCAAAAUACUAGGCAAAACAGUAAUGUCUUACAACAUCCGUUAUCGACCCACUUCUAGCGACGGCGAAUACAAAACUAUCAACAGCAAAGCUGUGCCUUACAUUCUAGAAAACCUGAUGGUUUCCAGUGAAUACGAAGUCUAUGUCAAUGCCAUCAACGAACACGGAAUCGGCGAACCAUCGACGAGAAUUCUAUUCCGCACUGCCGUCGGUCAAAUGGAAGCUGCCUCAUCGGAAAUGGCUUACAACGUCAGCGCUUGUUGUAACACGGUUGGAAUCAGCAGCAAAUGUAUGCCUCUGUGUGAUUACAGCGCCAAACUGAGCGAUUUGAGACAGCUGACUCAGACCUGCUCCAAAGAGUUUCCCAAGCUCCUGAGGUGCGGUGCCGGAGGACGUAAUCACGUGAAAUGUUGUGAACGACGAGGAAUUCCACAACCUUGUCUUGGAUUCUGCACUGGACAUGUAACUGAAGAACUUAUUGUCACAGCGGCCGCUUGUCUCCCGUACGUUGGCAAUGUCAUUCAAUGUUUCGAAGAAGGCACUGGAUUGAUACCUGGCCCUAUUAUUGAACUGCGUGCGACUGCCAUCACGGACGACAGCGUGACACUAACUUGGCAGCCACCAGUUGAUAGCAACGCCGAGCAAUAUGUAGUCCAUUAUUCCAUGAUUGACGAGUUAGCUUCAAAAGCUGCCAGCACUUCUUUUGAAAUGGAUCAACAACUUAAUGUUACCAAGACUCAAGCAGUUAUCACCAACUUACAGUCAAAGCAGCUUUACAAUUUCUUUGUACUGGCUGUCAACGAUCACGGCACUUCUCUCCCGUCGUCUGUAAUAACAAUCAACAUCACUAAAGAAGCUUUAUCCAAUGGAACUAUUUCCGGCGUCCCAUCAGCUCCGCAAGGAAUUUCAGUCACUAGCCGAAGUGCCGAUUACAUCAUAGUUUCAUGGCAGCAACCCGCACUCGUUCACCCCACUGACCGUCUCACCUACAAUUUCUACUAUCGCAAAAGGGACGAAAAAUCUUUCAACUCCUCACCCACAAAGAUUACUUCGUACCGACUGGAUAAUUUGACGGCUAGUUCCCAGCAUAUCUUUUAUGUUACUGCUUCAAAUGAAAAUGGCGAGAGCCGGCCGUCGGAAACUUUGAUGGCUUGGACCGAUCCGGCGUACGAAGCGGUGGUUGAAGUGCCCACUAUCCAUCCGAUGAACAUUGUGCUUGAAGGAGGCAGCAUGACUGUCAUUUGCGCCGCUAUGGGCACGCCAAUGCCCAUCGUUUCACUUUACAUUUCAGGGAAAUUAAUCAAACAGGAAAAAACUCGACACAUGGUUGCUGUUUUAUCCAAUGUUAGCCGCUCAAUGAAUCAUAUUACCUGCUAUGCAAAUAACGGAUACGGCCCAUCUUCAGAGGCUUUCAAACGUAUCAUCAUUGGCCGUCGACCUAGUAUUUCAGGUUCGCUUAUUACAAUGGCGACACUCGGUGAUGACGUAACCCUCGAAUGUGAAGUUGAUGCUCAUCCAACGCCAAAACUGAGUUUCAGCCGAGACUCCAGUGCCAUGGACAAAAUUGGCAACAGCAGCAAAUACGACAUCAGAAUUCUUCGAGAGAGUCAAGAGCCUGACGCCAAUUACAUAAUGCAGCUGACAAUUAAGAAUAUGAACGCCUCCGACUCGGGAGUCUAUUACUGCAAUGCUCAAAACAAUUUUGGAACUUUUGCUCAAGUUAUGAAACUUCAAGCGCGUCAAAAAACCGCGCCUUCGGUUAUGAACGUGGCGAAAUGCUGUGAAGAACAAAAUGUCACUUCUACCUGCUUAGAUGCUUGCACUCUAUUUUUAGAUAUUGAGAGUGUCAUUGAUAGGCCUGAAUGUAUCGGUGAUUUCCACAAACUGAUGCGAUGUGCAGCUGAUGGCUCAGAUCACCGUGGAUGUUGUACUCAAUGGGGUGUACCUCGUCGUUGUUUGGAUUGGUGCAGAGGAGAAGCGGUGUCCAGCACUGAACUGUGCGCUCUCGCUUACACAAAGCCCAUCAUUUCGUGUUUCCACGAAGGAAAAGAGCGUAUUCCUGGACCACCACGUAACGUACGAAUUGAACUUGAGAAAGAUAACUCGAUUAAAGUUCUGUGGGAUGCCCCACUUAAGAAUCCUGACACAGUCGAACUUUACAGGGUUUUCUGGAGAAUUCAGGGUGUGAAACAAACCGACAAGAACGAUACUCGCCUGACCUGGCUAAACCUUGCCGGCUUAAAAGAAAACGUGCCUUACGAACUGGUCGUCAAAGCUGGAAACCGUGACGGAACUAGCACUCUGACGGAACCUCUUUCAUUCACUCUAAGUGACAAAUAUAUUAUCUCAGCCAGCACUCAUUCAAACAAUCCGCACGUUGGAGUUGCCGUAGGAGUAGUGGUCGCACUGAUCCUUAUUAUCUGCGCCGUGGUUGGCGCCGUGUAUAUUUUGCGGAAAAAGAACAUUCUUGGUAUCAAGCUUUCAGGAUGCUCGCGUUUUGACAAUCCUCCUUUCCGCGGAAGCAGUCAGCAACCCAACGAUACGUUGCAAAUUGUUCAGAAUGAAGUCGUUAAUGAUACAAGUGAAGUGCCUAGCGCAGCUUGGAAGCAGGAGUCCCUUCAGGCAGCUCCUGCCACGGAAGUUGGUCCAACACUUUACGAAGAACUGCGAUUGGGAACUGACGGCGCGGGAUUCAAGAGGCUAAAAUAAUUGGUAACAAAACAAAAAAAAUAUCUGAAAUUGGAAUCUGUUUCGAUGGAUUGGGUUCAAUGGGUUGGUGGAGUACAUAAAAAGUCUUAUUGUUUAUUUAUAUCUUGUUAGUAAAACAACUUUGUCACUCAACAACUUUCCAUCUUUGUCUAAUUAAAAACAUAUUUACUGUAUUUGUGUUAGUUUUACUUAUUAUUUUCAAAUCAACGACGUUUUUUUUAAUAUGUUUUAUUUUGCCGUUGGUAUUUGCUAGUAAUUCUGAAAUCUGUGGAAAUGCCCGGAAAAUAGCCCUCUUCUUCUUAGUUAAUUGUAAAUAAACAAGUUUCUAAACAA